UUCACUGAUUUUGUGCUUGUUCUUGCUUUCCGCCAGCCAGUGCUACGGUGCACCAGGCAGGGCGCGCACUUCAAGAAUUAUGGGAGGUUCCCUAGCUGCAGAGGGCGAAUUCCCUUUUAUGAUGAACCUCCUAUACUACGGUAAUUUUAUGUGUGGUGGAUCCAUCCUGAGUGAAAACUGGGCGCUGUCAUCUGGUUUCUGUACAACCGGAGCCACCCUGGAGACCUUGUUUGUCCAUGCAGGCUCCACCAUGUAUGGUCCCGAAACUGGUGUGGUGGUGGGAGUGAACGCAACCAUCUUUCACGAGAACUUUGAUGAAUGGUCCUACUGGAACGACAUCUGCCUGCUCAAGUUGACGCAGCCGCUGACCUUCUCGUCGACCAUACAGCCGGUCUCCCUUCCGGCUCCGGGACAGCAGACAGCCGCCGGCACCAUAGCAACCGUGGUCGGCUGGGGAGCCGUCGAUUAUACCUCGGUCGUCGUCAGUGACCUGCAUAAAGUUGACGUCCCCGUGUGGUCAGACGAGGACUGCCAGGCGACCUACGACUACUAUGUCUACCUUGUAAGGGAGAACAACAUCUGUGCUGGAGAAGAGGGCAAAGGAAAGUGUGGGCUGGAUUCAGGAGAUCCUCUAUUGGUGAACGGGCAGCUGGUGGGAAUCGCCUCCUGGGAUGGUUACGAGUGUGCCACUGCAGACUCACCGGGAGUCUACACUGAAGUUUCCUACUUCGUCGACUGGAUCAAUCAGAACGCAGUGUGACGAGGACAGACGUACCUGAUUUUUUCAUACUGUAAACAAGCGUU